AAAAAGUGCAUCAUAAUGGCUCAUUUGUAAUUAUUUGCGUUAGCUCAGUCAGCAGCCAAUCAGAUGAGGCCAAUUGCGCCGCUCCGCGCGACGGCCUACAGUACCGGUGACUGACUGUAAAAAAUGAACAACAACAACAACACAGUUGCAAAUUCUCGAACCGCCAUGUCGGCAUCUAAAUACACCUUGCAGUGUAAUUCGCAUAAAUGCCGGGCAAAGCUGAGUGGCUUCGCGUGGGUCACGGCCUGCUCUCACGUCUUCUGUGAUCACCACGGCUCGGAAGCGUUCAGCCGCGCACCUUCCAGCUGCCCCGUGUGCUCCACCAUGCUUUCAGGCAAACUGGACGUGCUGCGAACAGAGUUGGCACCAUCAGAGCAAUACAAGGCUAUGGUUUUGGUCGGACUACAGCCUGAAACGGUUUUGGAAAUCAGUCAUAACGCACUUGUCUUUUGGACAUACCAGGUAAACCAGGAAAGGUUGCUGAUGGAGUAUAAUUUGUCCAGAGCUGGGGGACAAGUGCUUCAGAUGGAGAAGUUUAUGACCCAGCAGAACCAGAGCAGAGAGCUGGAGUUAAAUGCAUUAAGAGGGGAGAUCGCAUCAAUGAAAAAGGUGCUGGAGGAAUACAAGCUGAAGUACAAUGAGGUUUUGGAGCGACUGAAUGAACGCAACAGGCAGUAUCAGAAGCUGCAGAGACUUCUCGACUCACUUCGUAUGCACACUCUGGGAAUGGAAGAGAAAGUUCCCACACCCCCUACUUUCCCUACAGGGUUGGUCAAACAGCGCUCUCCCCAUAGCAGUCCUUCAUUCCUGGGACCGGAAGUUGACAGGUUUUUCUCAUUGGGACCAGACAAUACUAAAACUUUCUUCCAGUUCAGCACACCCACCCAAGACAGAACCCACUCUUUCAUCAAGAAAAACUGAGAUGGACAUGAGUUUUACCUGGAUGCAUUAGCCGUAUCAGUCUUUUUGAUCUUUUCGAUUUCAGUUCUGACUGCCAAGUAUGGUUGUUUCUCUUUAGUUUUUCAUGUUCUUUCAAAUGUGUUAUUUAUUGAUAAAGCUGUUGCUUCAGUUACUCCCAACAUGUUUCUGCUGAUGUAAUGACUUUAUUCAAAAAAAGAAGUCAAUUAAAAUAUAUGUGAAAACCCCUAUG